AUAUGUAGGGUUUACAGGGAAAGCGGUAAAUACGAGACCCCUCACUGUUGUGAAAUGUCAUACUAAUGACCAGAUGAUCCAUGAAGGCGACUGCAAAUGCCAAAGAUACUAUUGCAUAUGGCACCCGCAUAGUGGGAGGCAUAUCACCUGGCAAGGGAGGUUCUACGCACCUUAAUCUACCAGUCUUUAAUACCGUCGAGGAGGCCAUGAAAACGGUCCGACCUCAUGUGAGUGCUGUUUUUGUACCGGCGCAGUUUGCAGCCAAAGCCAUCAUAGAGUCCAUAGAGGCUGAAGUUCCACUGGUUGUAUCUGUGGCGGAGCAUAUUCCAGUGCAUGACAUGCUACGGGUACAUGAGAUACUUCGUACACAGAGCAAAACUCGGCUCGUAGGACCAAACUGUCCGGGAAUUAUAGCUCCGGAACAGUGUCGAGUUGGCAUCAUGCCGUAUAAGCAGUACCAGAGAGGCUGUAUAGGCAUUGUAUCCAAGUCGGGGACUUUGAGCUACGAGGCUGUGGGUGCAACGUCCGCAGUUGGACUGGGACAGAGCAUAGUGCUAGGUAUGGGAGGUGAUUUACUUCCAGGUACCACCUUAGCAGAUGGCCUUCGACUCUUUUUUGACAAUGAAGAGACGAAAGGUAUCAUCGUAAUAGGUGAAAUUGGUGGAGAAGCCGAACUUAGAGCAGCUGAACUCAUCCGAGAAUAUCGACAAUCAACUCCUAGCCCCAAGCCAAUUGUAGCAAUGGUAGCCGGGAGGACGGCUCCACUGGGAAGGAUCAUGGGUCAUGCGGGUGCUGUGCUCACCCCCCGGGAUGUACCUGCGGAUAUCAAAGCAAAGGCACUUGAGGAUGCUGGUGCAGUGGUAGUCCCGCAUCCAGGGGUCAUGGGCGUUACAAUGAAGCGGCUGCUUGAGAUAGAUUUAAAGAAAUAG